GCAGUAAAGGAUGCUGUGUGAGGGACAGAAAUACCUAUGCUCGGUCAAGCAAACUACUAGAUACAUCAUAUUCCUCUCUGUACUGCUAGCUACAUUAUUGCUGUGACUCAUGUGCAAGGUCAGCUGACCAACCGUGUCCGUUCUUUCGUUCGUUUGGACCAGAGUCAGUGUGUACUUGUUGUUUGGGGUCUGUAGCUAGCUAGCUGGCCAUCUUGGCUAUAUUUGAUAAAACACUACCGUAACGUUACGCAAAAGGGGGAGGAAUCCAAGUGAGCACUGAAUCCUGGAUAGAAGUCACGUCGCUAAAAGAAGAAAUAUGUUACUGUAAAUGCUGUCACUAUAAAUGGUUAGCUGGCAAAUUGAGCUAGCUAACGUUAGCUAGCUUAGCUUGCUAGCUAACUGAUUACUAUGCUAGCGAAGCUUAGCAAACAGCCAGGGAACUGUUGGGAUUGCUAACUAACUUUGGUUGAUAACGUUAGCAGUUUGAAAGCUCUACUAAAUAUAUUUGCAAUAUUUCUCAAACUUCGCUAACUGCAAUUUGAACAGUGUUAGUUAGCAAGCUACUUAACGUUAGGCCAUCUGGGGAAACCUCGUUUGCUAACGUAGUAAGCUAAGUUACCUUUUGGCGCUAGCUAGGUAACCUAUCUAUUUAGCGUGCUUACUAGCUAGCUAGCUAUUGUUUGCAACGUUUGAUCAGUGUGGUAACAUUAUUAGGCUAGCUAAAGCAACAGUACCUAUGGCUUCUUGCUUUCAGAUCCAAACCUGUAGAGAACUGACUGGCUGGCCAGCUCAUAUACUUGUUGCCUAGGAGUUUUCUGUGACAAGGGAUAAUGUCCCAUCACUGAAGAUGGGAGGCAGUGGAUCCAAGGUGAAAGGUGCUUGGCCAUUUGCUGGUUCAGGAGCUGGAGGGGAUUCAGGCAGUGAGGGGCAAGAAGACCAGUCUGUGGCCCGACUCAAAGGGACCAGAAAAGCAACCCCAUUUAUUUUCACAAGAAGGAGGUAAUAAUGUGUGCUAAAUGCAAUAAUAUGUAGGCCUAUAUGAUAUGUGUAUAUAAUCUACCACAUGGUAGAUCUUUAAAUGAGUAAAGUGCUUUCCAUUCUGCUCAUUUUUCUUUUGUGUUUUUAGCUCUCUCUACUAUGACGAGGAUGGGGACCUGGCUCAUGAGUUCUAUGAAGAGACUGUGGUGACAAAAAAUGGCCGGAAGAGGUCCAAGCUGAAGAGGAUUCAGAAGAACCUCAUCCCUCAGGUGAGCAGACUGACAGUGUUGGAAAUGUUUCCAGUUACCUUUGGGUGUUGUUUAUAAUUAAUAGCGUGGAUAUUGUUAUCUGUUUGCAGGGAAUUGUGAAGCUAAACCACCCCCGGAUCCAUGUAGAUUUCCCUGUCAUCCUCUGUGAGGUGUGAAUCCCACUGGGGUGGUCUAACAUGGAAAAGACACACGUCAGUCAGUCUGCCCCACACUACAACCGCUCCAUCCUGAACGCUAGUGUUCCUCUGAGAAGAUGGGUGGGAUGUCUGACUACACUCAGAAGCUGUGAACAGACCACCAGAGCUAUGUUGCGGAGAGAAAGAAAGGGGAGGAGAUAGAGUAAAAGUUCUGCCUUCUGUGAUGUAGAGAAGUAUGUCUGUGUGAAAGAAAGGUAGCAAGAUAAGGGAAGGUUUAGGAAUUCCCACUGUAUAUGUUGACCAUUUUCAUGUUCUAAUAUUAUCAUAUCUAAGUCUGCCUCUGUGAUUGGAGGCCAGACCUGCACUAGUGAACUUUUUAAUGUAAAAAAAUAAAUAAAUAGCUGUCUGAGUUGGAAAUACUUGAAUAAAUGGUUUACCAGGCUGAAAGACUGUGUUGAGGUAAUCCCCUUUAUUAUCCAGUC